ACAGACAUUCAGCGCAGCCUACCAUUAUGCUGCGCCACGGACCAGGCCGGUUGGCACAUGGAGAAGAAGGUCGGAUAGUGCUGGUGUUUGAGGUCGCCGAUGAUUCUGAGCAAAAGAAAAGCGAAGAUUCAGCGCCGUUCUCUUGGAGUGAGGCUACGCAGAGCUUCUGCUGCUAUCCACUUAAGGUGUUCGUGCCAAGGGAAGCUGGCCGGCCGUGCUGCCGCUGGGUGUACCCGAUCGUGUUCGGUGGUGGCCUGGUCAGUGGAGACGCCGUCCGCAUUGACCUCACUGCAGCCACCGGGACGUGUGUACUGCUCACGAGCCAGUCGUAUCCUAAGGUCUACCAGUCUAAGCCGGGAGAGUGGUCUGUGCAACGCUGUACCUACAAUGUGCAAGAUGGCGCCCUGCUUUGUGUGCUGCCCGAUAUAACGACGUGCUUUGCGGACGCCUCAUUCGAGCAGACGCAGGUGGCGCACCUUUCCGUCGGGGCCAACAUUGUCCUGCUGGACUGGUACCUCGCUGGGCGCGUGGAAAACGGAGAACGGUGGGCGCUGGCCAGGUUGGCAUCGACGAUCAAUGUCUACGUGGAGAAAGAGCUGGUUCUUCGUGAAGCCGUCGACAUGGCUUCCAUCGCGGGCCUGUCUAUUCAGCAGUCCAUGGGGGUUUAUGAUGUCACAGGUGUGUGCUUGCUGCUGGGUCCCUACGUGGCACCACUGGUGGCCAGCAUCUGUAGCCGACUCGAGAGCCGAGAGCAGUACGGCAUGAAGCCGAGCCGGUCCUUUGUCGCGGCCUGCAGCCCACUGCGAUCCGAUAAUGGAAAGCUGAGCGGAUGUGUGAUGAGGUUCAUGUGCUUGUCAUCGCAGCAGGCAUACUCAAAGCUUGAGGAGCUUCUUGGACCACUAUUUUUCGUGCUUGGUGGAAACCCUUUCGCUCUGAAGUACUAAGGCCACAGGACUUCUAUGCUCCAGAACAGAAGCUUUACCGAAACUUGGUGGCAUCUCUUUCCCGCCUUUGUAUGCAGAAGAACAUUCUAGUUAAGAAUAAAUAAGUAUGUUUUGUUUGUUAUUGUU